AUGCCUCACUUUGUCCCUGUAUACGAUCCAGAAAGGCCCCGCAAAGAGCAGCAGCACGACCCCUCUCUAUAUAAACACAGACGCUGGGAGCAGCCGCAUGCGCUGCUGCAGCAGCAGCAGCCGGGGGGGCCCCCCAGGGGCCCCAAAGACCACGAGAUACCACACACCAUCAAAAGAAAACGCCCAGGGUCGAUGGUGCUGAACGAGAAGGGCCUUUGGGUGCCUGCGCCGCAGCAGCAGCAAACAGACCGCAGCAGCAGCAGCAGCAGCAGCAGCAGCAGCAGCAGCAGCAGCAGCAGCAGCAGCAGGAGAGAUCAACGCAGACGCAGCAGAAGCAGAAGCAGAAGCAGCAGCAGCAGCAGGGGCAGGGGGGCCCCCAGAGGGAGGAGAGAUGAUGAGAGAAGAAAUAGAGACAGAGGGAGAAGCUCAUCACCAGAGAGGAGAAGGCCCCCCGCAGCAGACCCCUUUGACUAUCUAACCCCGAAGCAGCGGAAGCAGCAGCUGCAGCAGCAGCAGCAGCAGCAGCAGCAGCAGCACCGGCAGCACCGGCCGCAGCAGCAGCAGCAGCAGCAGCAGCAGCAGCAAUCAAGAAGCAGGGGAUUACCCCCACCGCACCCCAAUUCAAGGUAUAGACGAUAG